UAUUUGUAUUAACUCCAGUGUCCUCUCCACAGGGCCCGGGCUGAAGGAGUGUGCGAGGUCUUUAACAGAGCGUUAGGAUGGCAACUGAAGCUUCUACCCUCCCAAGUCCUGUGGUGCAUCAGAUCAACAAACAGUUCCUGAUUUGCAGCAUCUGUCUGGAUCGCUACAACAAUCCCAAGGUCCUUCCCUGCCUUCACACCUUCUGUGAAAAGUGUCUGCAGAACUACAUUCCCGCUCACAGUCUGACUCUGUCUUGCCCCGUGUGCCGUCAGACCUCCAUCCUGCCAGAGAAGGGUGUGGCGGCACUUCAGAGCCAUUGUUUCAUCACCAACCUGAUGGAGGUGCUAAAGAGGAGCCCAGACACUAACCUCAGCGAGGACUGCACAGACGCUAUCAACGGAGUUGCCACUGGACAACCACUCUCCUGUCCCAAUCAUGGAGGAAAUGUAAUGGAGUUCUACUGUCCAUCAUGUGAGACGGCUAUGUGUGAGGCGUGUACUAGCGGUGAACAUGCAGAACACGCCACUGUCCCGCUGAAGGAUGCUCUAGAACAGCACAAAGCCUCGCUACAGGAGCAGCUGGACGCUGUCAAAAACAGACUGCCAGAGAUUGACUCUGCGCUGGAGGUUUUGUCUGAUAUUCUACAGCAGCUGAGCGAUCAGAAGAGUUCAAUUGAAGAAGUGAUUCGUACUACUUUUGAGGAACUUCAGAAGACCCUAAACGUACGCAAAAGUGUUCUGCUGAUGGAGCUGGAGGUCAACUAUGGACUCAAACAGAAGGUGUUGCAAGCCCAGCUGGAGUCGUUGCUGCAGGGGCAGGAGGGCAUUCGCAGCAGCUGCAAUUUCACAGAGCAGGCUCUUAAUCACGGCUCGGAAGCUGAAGUCCUAUUGGUCAAGAAGCAGAUGAGUGAGCGUCUUGAUGAGCUGGCAAGUCAGGAGCUCCCACUUCGGCCAGAGGAGAACAGCCAGCUGGACUUCUUGGUGGAGACCGACGGUCUUCGCAAAUCCAUCCACAACCUUGGUGCUAUAAUAACCACCAAUGCUGUUGCUGCAGAAACUGUUGCGACAGGUGAAGGCCUGAGGCAUUGUAUCAUGAGGCAGCCUACUUCUGUGACCAUAACAACAAAAGACAGAGACGGUGGACUGUGCCGGACAGGAAACGCUCUGCUUAUAGCUGAUCUUUCUGCCUCUGAUGGCACCGUAGUGGGGGAAGGUGAAGUCACAGAUCAUAAAAAUGGCACUUAUGAGUUUGUAUACACGGCCCCGUGUGAGGGCCGCUUCACGCUCUCGCUAAAGCUCUACGAUCAGCAUAUUAGGGGCAGCCCAUUCAGCAUACGUGCCAGCAAAUUGGCAGACAUCUCCCUGACUUCAGACGGAGGCAAGAAACAUCUCAAAUCUCCAGGAAGUAGUCAUGUGAAACAGCGUGCCAUCAAGCGCCCCGCCAGCAUGUACAGCACGGGCAAACGGAAAGAAAACCCAAUUGAAGAUGACCUCAUGUUUCGAAUCGGAACUAAAGGCAGAAAUAAGGGUGAAUUCACCAAUCUGCAGGGAGUUGCUGCUUCUUCUAUUGGAAAGGUCCUGAUAGCGGAUAGUAAUAAUCAGUGUGUUCAGAUCUUUUCAAAUGAUGGACUAUUUAAGAGUCGUUUUGGAGUGAGGGGCCGAUCACCAGGACAACUUCAACGGCCAACUGGUGUUGCUGUGCACCCUAAUGGUGAUAUCAUCAUUGCUGACUAUGAUAACAAAUGGGUCAGCAUUUUCUCCUGUGAUGGCAAGUUUAAGGCUAAAAUUGGCUCAGGGAAGCUUAUGGGUCCUAAGGGUGUAGCGGUUGAUAGAAAUGGACACAUCAUUGUGGUUGACAAUAAAUCCGCCUGCGUCUUCAUUUUUCAGAAACUUGUAUCUAAAUUUGGAAACCGAGGCAACAGUGACAAGCAGUUUGCAGGUCCACACUUUGCCGCAGUGAAUCAAAAUAAUGAAAUAAUUGUGACCGAUUUUCAUAAUCAUUCUGUAAAGGUGUUCAGUUCAGAGGGUGAGUUCCUACUGAAGUUUGGGUCAAAUGGCGAAGGAAAUGGGCAGUUUAAUGCACCGACAGGUGUGGCAGUAGAUGCCAAUGGCAAUAUUAUAGUGGCUGACUGGGGCAACAGCCGGAUACAGGUGUUUGACAGCAGUGGAUCCUUCCUGUCCUACAUCAACACCUCCGCAGACCCUCUGUAUGGCCCACAAGGACUAGCUCUGACAUCAGAUGGCCACAUUGUGGUGGCAGACUCUGGGAACCAUUGUUUUAAAGUGUACCGUUAUCUACAAUAGCACUCUCCUCUCUAAAAAUAAAUACUUGCACUUAUUCCUUAAAGAUGCCGCCCCCUUGUGCCAAAUGGGACCCUCAUAUUGCAUUGAAGUUGUGUUGUUGUGGCUUCAUUCGUGACACCCUCACCUUGGACAGAAGAACACACUCUGUACCCUGAUCGUGGUUCUUUGGUUCUUCACCUUUGACUCAAAAACUGCUACACAUUAGGGAAAACAUUCAUGUUUCUACUGUAUGUUGAAAAAUCUGAAUGUUCAGAUGAUUAAAAAGGGAACUCUUUGAAGCACUAGCAUGUAUAAUAAGAAUGCAAGUAAUGCGAUUCCAAACUACUAUACUAAUAUAUCUGCACAACAAAUAGACACAACCCCCAAAACAAAUCUCACUAUGGUGGGCUAGUAUCAAUAAUAUUUUUGGCCCGAGUUAGCCUAUGUUUAAAAGUGAUGUCAGGAAUAUUCAUAAAAUAUGCAACAUGCUGCUUUGCUAUUGACUGUGAUGUGCACAACUGUGGUUAGUAAAAUGUUCUUAUAAUGCAAUUAGGUCUCCUGAAUCACCCAUAUUAUGCAAGAAGCAUCAAUUGAUAUGAUUUUUAGACUGUAAACAAAAUUUCCUUUUUUACUAUCACUGCACUGUUCAUUUAAACAUCAGCCGUGCUCAUUUCUCUUAACCAUAAAAGUUCAUGUGUUGUUCAGAGAAACAAUAUCUCAUGCUCAAAUCACCAGAUGCACUUUGUGAUUUAGCAACACAAAAAAUAUGUAUAGUGCUGUUAUUAAUAAUAGCCCCCUGUUUAAAGGUUUACUAGAAGACAUGCAUUAUUAUAAUUACUGAUCUUUAUGUGUUCUGAGAGUGGUUGUGUUGUGUUGACAAACCAUGUUCCGUGUUCAUAUUCAUAAUGCUUAAAAAAAAAAAAAAAAAAAAAAAAAAAAGUGCCCAGGGUUCUUUUCAAGUGUAUUUAUGCCACACAGAUAAAUCUUCCUUGUUUUAUGUCUGUUCUCCUGUACAGUUCGAUUGUCAUACACAGGGAACUAUUGCUGCUUGUUUGCACAAAAUACACAAUAUAAAACAAUGUACAUUCCAAAAUGUAUUUCUCCCUUUAUAAUCAGACACCUGCUUUUUUUGUAGCAUUAAAGCUUGCAUUUUACUCCUUUGUUGUUUUACCACAUUAAAGGGCAUGCAACCAAUGACGCUUUUACAUUUCUAGAUCUUAAUGCCACAUUCAGGCAACCUAAGUUAUAUCAUGUUUUGCACAGCACAUAAAUAAACUGCAUUAUUUGAGA